AUGUCGGCACCAAAGUCAUUACAAACCAUGACUGAACUUGGCAACGGCCAAAGGCAAAAGUAUUUUGAGCAUGCUACAAGAAAGUUUGAUGGGUUGAACUUAGACCACCGUACUGGGUUAGAGGGUGAAUCACAGCAAGAUGAAAGUCAACAUGUCAGCAGGGUUUUGCUGUGUACGCCUGAAGAAGAGGAUGAUGUGAAAUCACUGUUCUUGCAUGGAAAAAUGUAUUUUGAGCGUGCUAUAGGACAGGUUGGGGGGUUGUACUUAGACCACCGUACUGGAUUGGCGCCUAAAGAAGAAGAUAAUUAUUUUGAGCAUGCUACAAGACAGUUUGAUGGGUUGAAUUUAGACCACCGUACUGGGUUGGAGGGUGAAUCACAGCAAGAUGAAAGUCAACAUGUAAGCGGGGUUUUGCUGGGUAGGCCUAAAGAAGAGGAUGAUGUGAAAUCACUGUUCUUGCAUGGAAAAAUGUAUUUUGAGCAUGUUGCAGGACAGUUUGGGGGGUUGUACUUAGACCACCGUACUGGGUUGGCGCCUGAAGAAGGAGAUAAUGUGAAAUCACUGUUCUUGCAUGGACAGUUUGGGGGGUUGAACUUAGACCACCGUACUGGGUUGGAGGGUGAAUCACAGCAAGAUGAAAGUCAACAUGUAAGCGGGGUUUUGCUGGGUAGGCCCGAAGAAGAGGAUGAUGUGAAAUCACUGUUCUUGCAUGGAAAAAUGGAUCUUGUCAAGGCUAUGGUCGAAAAGCUUCUUGAAUACGUUAUGAAUAAUCACCAUUUUAAUACAGAACCAGCAACAACUUUGCAGGCAUUACAGAUAGCUCUGGAUCUUGUCAAGGCUAUGUAUUUUGAGCCUGCUACAGGACAGUUUGUGGGGUUGUACUUAGACCAUCGUACUGGGUUGGAGGGUGAAUCAGGGCAAGAUGAAAGUACAAAUGUAAGCGGGGUUCCUGAGGACAUGGAUUUGAGUGACAAUGGAGAUGGAGGAGAGGAUAAUACUAUGGAUGAAGGAGGUGAUGAUACUGAGGAUGAAGGCUCAAGUGGUGAUGAAUUUGGUUUCAAUGGUGGAGGUGAUGGAGGUGACUCCUCCUCCGACGGUGGUCCUAUGUGA